ACUGUUUGCCGAUUUGUACAGAUCUAGCAAAUUAAGAAGAAAGGAUUGUUAAACUGCUGCUUCCAGGGUAUGUUAGUUUGAGGUCCUUUUUGAGCAACCUAGAUAAUUUGUAGCAGAUCAGAAAUAAAUAUGAUGGUUGUAUAUCUAUGGUAUCCUCUUACCAUUUGCUAAUGUAUACCUACAAAUAAUAAACAAAAACUGUUUAUUUUUCUCAAGCAUGCUAAAUUAAUACUUUAGAAUGUCUAAAUUUGGGAACUGAGAGAUCCACUGUGCAAUUUUAAUUUAUUUCAGGAAUAAAGAAUAGCUUCUGGAUGAGACACAUCAAUUUAUAAACAGGGAUUCCUUUCAUCAAAGACGAAUUUGUGUUGGUGAUUUCUAUUGAAGAAGACAAUGCAUACUUGUUUUCUUAUCCGUAAUAUCAGGAGAAAAGCGGGUUUUACAUGACUAUUCGUCUGUAGCCAAUUCUACGGUCCUAGCAGAAAUUAUCUAAUUACUGGCAUAAAAUUUGAAUAUAAAGUAAUUGUUCAUUGGCUAAAGUUGCAUAUGGCAUGUCCAGAAAAUAAGGAAAAAGUUCAUUGGCUUGCGCCACUAUUUCAUAAUUCCUACAAAAGAAUUUGUAACCCCUUUGCAUUGGAUAAUUUCAUGCUAUAUAACCAUUGGAUAAUCUCUUAAAGAAGGAUUUUGCGAGACCCUUUGCAUCACAAUCUGUGAGGCGUUGUAUCAAACACUAACGAAAAAGGUGCAAGUUCAGAAUAAAUCGGAAGUCCAAUGAUAUCACAUAUCAAUCAGCAGAGACAGUUAUCAACUAAUAAUAGAUUGAUGGUCUUUACGUGCCGCUUGGCUUGGCCUAGGGAAUAUAAAUGGAAAUAGUUUCCACAUGCGAAGUCAUGCAGUCUAUCGAUCUGAUUCAGCACACUUUAUUAAGGUGCCACUCUUGUAAUGAAAAGGUACACCUCUCUGCAUUUUAUUUGUUAGCCACAAGCUUCUCAUUUUUCAUUAUACUGGUUUCAUCUCCUCACUCAGUUAGCGGUGUAAAUGAAUCAGUCUGUUGUCCAUUUUUAUUUAGUACUCUAUUAUUAUUCUCUACGGGCUAAUGCCUUUCUUUUCAUUUUGAUUCAAUUGCACUGAAGGGCAGCAUAGCACAAUCAUCUUCAGUUUCCCUUCUUUAUUUAUAUUUUCCGUUUACAAUUGCCAUCAUAAGUCAGCCAAUUUGUUGUUUGUUCUUAGUUACUACUUCCUUACUAUUUUCUAGGUGUCUACUGUUUUUAUUUUAUAUUUUGAUUUGAUUGCAAGGAGAACACAAUCAAAGAAGAAAUCUAUUCAAAUGUUUUCUCUCGAUCAGUCACUCGAGAUUGUAGUCGCUAAGUAUUUGGACGCCACAUAUCUUCAGAUCCAUCUCAGAGUAUAGACGGCGCAUCGAUUCCGUACCAAAGAAGUUAUAUUGAUACCCUGAGCAACCUAUCCCUCUAGUAGGGUUUUGCUUUAUAAGAGAUAUUGAUACCCUGAAAGACCUAUCCAUAUCGAGAGACUAUUAAAAUACUCAAAGAUCCCCACAUAUUUUCACCGUCUAAUUGUUUCAUAUAAACUUAGCUUCCAUGUUUCGUGACUCAGUAUAUUUCACUAUUCGUGAUAGUUUAUUCUUAAAAUGGAUGGGCGCCGCAACACACGCCAUUAUGGGCUACUUUUACUAACGAGUGAUACUUUCGCCCAAAGUUUAGCGCCUAUAUUCCUCUAAAAAAAUCUCCUAUAUCACAUUCUGCACUUAGCUGGAAAAGUUUCUACGAAGAUUCAAAUUUCUUUUUAAAGAAGACCCUAGUUUAGUUUGUGAAAAACUAGUAGCCAGCAUCUUGAUGUUGCUACAUGACUUCCUCUGCUAGUCUUUCUAUUCAUACACAUGGUUGUCCUUUGUCAGUAACCACGUCUAGAUAUGUGCUUUCCCUGUACAUGUUGACUUGACCUAUGCUUAAAAAUAUGACCUAGACCUGGUGUGUGCUAGUUUGUUGAUGUGGUUCUGUCAUGCUUGUCCUUUUCUGAGACAGUUUAGCUACUCCCUACUUGUAUAUUGUGCAAUAACAGCAAGCAGGUAUGCACUGAUGACUGGACAUGCUUAACAUUGGGCAUCUUCAUCUCAAAGGGCGAUCUGUUAUAAGGACUUGGUGAGCUCAGUUUCUUGCCCAAAUCCAAGCAAGUUCAGUCUGAUCUCGGAGGAUUUAUAGAUGGCUAGUUCCUUCGUACUGAACACGGGUGCGACGAUCCCGUCAGUUGGCUUGGGUACAUGGCAAAUUUCACCUGGCGUUGUUGAAGAAGCCAUCCGCGCUGCUAUCAAGGCAGGCUAUCGUCAUAUUGACUGCUCUCCACAGUAUGGUAAUCAGAAAGAGGUUGGUUUGGCUCUGAAGAAAGUAUCCGCCGAGGGCCUCGUUAACCGUGAAGAUCUGUUCAUCACCUCAAAGCUAUGGUGUACCCAUCAUGCUCCAGAGGAUGUGCCCGAGGCCAUUGAAUCCACGCUACAUGAUCUGCAGCUGGAGUACUUAGAUUUGUACCUGGUCCACGGUCCAGUGCGUGCCAAGAAAGGAGCAACGUUGAGCGUGGAGAACUAUCUGAAACCCGACAUUCCGGCAACAUGGAGAGCCAUGGAGGAGCUCUUCGACUCGUCCAAGGCUCGAGCCAUUGGCGUGAGCAACUUCUCAUGCAAGAAGCUGGAGGACCUGCUCGCCGUGGCCCGCGUCCCUCCAGCGGUCAACCAGGUGGAGUGCCACCCGGUCUGGCAGCAGCGCAGGCUCCGCGACCUCUGCCACUCCAGCGGCGUUCACCUCUCAGCGUACGCGCCGUUGGGUUCGCCUGGAUCGCCGGGGAAGGAGGGGCCUGACGUGCUGAGCCACCCUGUGGUGGUGUCCAUCGCCAAGAGGCUGCGGAGGACCCCCGCGCAGGUCGCGCUUCGGUGGGGCGUCCAGAUGGGACACAGCGUGCUUCCCAAGAGCGACAACGAGGCGUGGACGAGGGAGAACAUCGAUGUGUCUGGCUGGUGCAUCCCCGAGGACCUCAUGGCCAAGUUCGCCCAGAUCGAACAGGUUAGGCUUUUCAAGUACGAGUUUGUGACACAUCCCACCAGCUUUUACAAGUCCGUGGAGGAUUUUUGGGACGGCGAGGUCUGAAGCGUUGUCACUGCCUUUCUCCAUUUCAGUGGCUAUGUGCCUAUGUUGGAGCAAUUUGAAAAGCAUCACAAAAUGUU